GUCAAGGGGUCUGAAUACUUUCAGAAUGCACUGUAUGUGUAGGAGUGUUUCUUCUUAAGUAAAAAAAAAACAGAAUGACAAUACAGGAAUAAACACUUUAUACCGACAGAAUGUAAUAUAUUUGAAUAGCGAAAUAAUAAAGAUGAAUUAGUAACAAAUGUCUUAAAAAAAUGCCUAAGAGUUGGGUUUAUGUUUGUGUUUGCCAUUGACAGGGCAAAGCAAGAUGAAGGGUUUAGGAGUUGUUCUGAGAGGAUUUUAGUUUUGUCAUAGAUAGCUCAGGUUGAACGCAGAUGGUCUUAAUUACUGCCCACAACCUGCUCUGGCCCUCGUUCACCCAUCUCCCAUUCCCCCUGGCUCUCCCCUUGUCCCCUGCAAUCUGCCGAGUCGGAAGGAUCCUGUAGUUCAAUAUGUAAUAGUAUCACCCAUCGCUGGCUAAAUAUAGGGACAGAUGUCCCCCUGUGUGCUGGUGUUGGGCAGCAUGACACGCUAGCCUGCUGUGUUCUGCCAAACGUAGCUCACAUGGACAAGAGCUGACUCAGCUACUGCCUGUUGAGUCCCACUGUCACACCGGCGCGUUUUGGACUUCUAACCCCUUUUAAACAUUGUGUGUUUGAGCUACAGUCUUGUAGUUGUACCAUUGGAUUUGUCUAUUCUUCUGUCUCCGAUGAUACCAACCAUUACUAUGUGUGAUUAACGGGGGCUGAGUUAGAGCAGUGUUUGUGAGACAAGCGCAGAAGGGGUCCGGGGCGGGGUCCGGGGCGGUUCUUCUCACAAAAACGUCUGUAGAGUCCGAAUGAUGAGCUACAAACUCUUAUGACCCAUCUAUGAAAAGCUGAGACUCACGUUUUGCUCUAUGGCGCUCACAAUCUACACAAGAGUCGUUAGAAGCAUAUGGCUGUGGAACCCCAGCCAUUAAGCCUGAUACAACCCGCGUGGUCAAUGGCGUGGAUGCCCGCCCCAACAGCUGGCCUUGGCAGAUCUCUCUGCAGUAUGAGAGGAAUGGUGAGUACAGACACACCUGUGGUGGAUCCCUCAUCGCUACCAACUGGGUUAUGACUGCUGCCCACUGCAUUGAUCUGAACCUGAAUUAUCGUGUGGUUGUGGGCAAACACAACCUGGCAGAGGCUGAGCCCAGUGCUCAGGCCUACUUCCCAGCUAAGAAAGGAAUCAUCGUGCACAAACACUAUAACCCUGUCCUCCUGUCAGUGGGCAAUGACAUCGCCAUGAUCAAGCUGGCAGAGCAUGUGACUCUGAGUGACCAGGUCCAGCUGGCUUGUGUCCCCGCCCCCGGAACCAUCUUGUCCAAUAAUUACCCCUGCUACAUCACCGGCUGGGGAAGACUCACCACCGGAGGCCCCACCCCUGACACCCUGCAACAGGCCCUGAUGCCCGUGGUGGACCACAAGACGUGCACCCAGAGCGACUGGUGGGGCGUGUCCAUUCGCAGGUCCAUGGUCUGUGCCGGAGGGGACGGAGUGGUGGGAGGCUGCAACGGAGACUCUGGUGGCCCACUGAACUGUAAGAACUCUGCGGGAGUAUGGGAGGUGCAUGGCAUUGCUAGCUUCGUCUCCGGCCAGGGCUGCAACUACAUCAAGAAGCCCACCGUCUUCACCCGCGUCUCCGACUACAAUGAGUGGAUUGAUGAGACCAUGAUGGACAACUAAGACGUGUCUGUGUGCUCUUCUAAUAAAGACCUGUGAAUACAUGAGAAAAUAUAUUAUUUUAUUGAAAUAUUGUCCUUUUGAUUAA